AUGAAAAAUGAGGUUAAUGUUGCAAAAUGGGAGCAUUUAGAAAUGCUACUUAAAGAAGAUCCUGGUUUUGAUGGACUUCGUAUGCUGCCAAAAUUGACAGAAAGCCAUUUAAACCCAAAGAAACUAAAAAAGAUGGAGGUGAAAUGCGCAGCUCAAGUACUCAGCCACUCAACCGCAAUAUUCAUGGGAUAUUUAGCAAGGAAAGGAAUAUUAGUAGAAGAUGCGAGGGAAACUGCCAGAGUACUACUUUUCUUUGAUGAGCUAUUUGACUCUGUCAAUGGAAGCUUCCAUAAUUUCAAGAAAAAACCAGGCAAAAAGUUGCUUGGUCCUCUUACACCUAAUUCCACUCACCAGAAGGUUUGGGAUGAGGCAAAGGCCAUUUUAAAAACGAUGACUUUCAUAGAUAAAAGCAACAAGACAGGGAACUGCCCCUGUCUUGUGUCCUUGUCUUCUGCCUUCCAUUACAAAUUGGAUAAAAACGAUAGAAAAUAUUGA